AUGGAAGUCGAAGGCCUGGAUUCUGCUGCCCUGAGGGCAGUAUUGAUGCGAAUUGACAAUUUUACCGGCGAAUAUGACUUCCUAGACCCGGAUUAUAGGUGCAUAGUGCUCUUUAAUGGCCUUGAGUUUCGCUCCAUCAUCCAUGGCGUGCGCUUCUUGCGCUAUUCUCACAUGAUAGAAGGAAAAACAUAUCGCUACGAUGCCCAAGAGCAGCCGAAUGACACCGUAUCAGACUACAUAUCACGCAUGGAUACUAGUGAGGAAUCAGAAUGUCGCGAAGAAAACCCGUUGUGGGCCGUCCAUCGCCAUGAAUGGCUGGAGUUGUUGUUACGCGACAAAUUUAGGCGGAACGGAGACAUACGUAACCGUCUGGGGAAGACGGGUGACAGACGAAUUCUUUACAUUUCCGAGGAUAUGUUUCUAGGGUCUGACGGGAAGAACGGCCAAAACAAAAUCGGGCGCAUUACUGAACAGAUAAGAGACGAUGUUGCAGCCCAUAAAGAUCAUCGAGUUUGGCUGUUCAUGUGCCAGAAUAUGUGUUCUGAGAACUUUUCGAUUUCUAUUGAGGAAUCGAAAGAUGAUGGUGGCAUGCAUCGCCAUAGGUUCGAAGGGAAGUGCUGCUACGACAUUGGCCGCAUCCCUUCGUGCGAUUUGAAGCCUGCUAAUCCGUCUAUAAGCCGUGUUCACGCAUCUAUUUGCAUGAACAAGCGUGGUCGUGUCUGUCUGGUAAAUUACAACACAGCCACGGGUGUGUCCGUGAACGGCAACUCUCUGAAAGCUCACGAGCCAUUUGCAUUGACUUCCGGCGACAAAUUCACACUUGGAGCUUCCAAACGCAUCUACAGAGUAGACAUUGACGCGAACAUUGUCUCAGAGACUAUGGCCACUAUGGAGCGUAAGCGUCGUGAGCUGCAGCGCAAGGCGGCUAUACAAGCACAGCGAGUCAACACCGAGCUGGAGACAUUUUUAAAAGGUCAUGACGAGAUUAUUGUUCUCAACGUGAGUUACAAGACCAAAAGGGCAGAUUUGUACGACUUUUUUUCGUCAUGUGGCGAUGUAGAAUCGGUACAGCUCCCCCAGUCACGCGGCUAUAGCGAUGACGCUACAUCGGACGACACGCUUGCGCAACGUGGAAUAGCGUUUAUUAAGUUCAGAGACACCAAAAGUGCCGCUCGUGCUUUAGAGCGCGAUGGCAUGUACCUGAACUAUCGUAAGAUUCAGGUGAAGUAUAAGUCGGAACCAAGUUCGAAGCCCCGGCGUCAAUCGAGGUCUGUAUCUCGGUCGCGUUCGCGGUCUGGAGGUCGACGUCGGCCUUAUCGCCGUAGCAGACACAGCAGCCAAUCCAGUGAUCGCAGUAGCUAA